UUCCGCAAAUCUACGUAAAAUACCACCACCACCUCUCAUUCCCUCGGAGGUCAAACUCGUAGUUACACUUACACCCUCCCUGUGACUAAAUCUCCAAAUUUAAUAUAAAGAAAAUACGAAGCUCGAUGAGAAACUAUAAAAGAAAGAAGAGAAAAAUCUCAGACGAACAAGUAGAAGAGCCAAAACCCGUCGCCAAAGUCCCCAAAUCGAGCAAAGAGAUGGAGGCGGCGUCGGCCGAGGAGGAGCAGCAGAGCGUGGUUGCUAUGUUUAUGGAGAUCUCUGCCGACCAGUCUGUCGAGACAGCGCGGCGGUUUCUGAAUGCUACGAAUUGGAACCUAGAGGAAGCACUCCAACUGUUUUAUGUGGGGAAUGAAGCGGGGUCGGUGGCUCCACCACCGCAGCCGGAGCUGCCGGCUGAAAAUGCUAGUAAUUUGGCUGAACAGAACUCUGGUGUGAAGGAGAAUGCGGCGCAAUUCGGUGAGGAUGAAGUGCGUGCUCCGAUGCCAGUUAUAAGGGAUGUUCUUUAUGAUGAUGCUGCUCUGUAUGGAGCUGGAUUGCUUUCAUCUACAUCGCCAAUGACAAGACUUCCAGUAAAUGAAUCGGGUGUGGUUGCAUUCCGUAAUUUUAAUGAGGAAUUGAAACAUGCUGGGGUAUGGGAAUCAAAUGAAGAAGGUGCUACAUCUGCAACAGAUAGCUCUAGAGAUAAUCUCGCUUCCUUGUAUCGGCCUCCCAUUCAGCUACUGUUCCAGGGCACUUUUGAAAAGGCGAAGAGUGCUGCUUCUGUCCAGGACAAAUGGCUCAUGGUGAACUUGCAAUCCAAUUCGGAGUUCAGCUCCCAUAUGCUUAAUCGAGACACCUGGGCUAAUGAAGCUGUUUCUCAAACCAUUCUCACUAAUUUUAUUUUCUGGCAGGCUUAUGAUGAUACAACUGAAGGCCGGAAGGUUUGCACGUACUACAAAUUGGAAUCUAUGCCUGUUGUUCUUAUCAUUGACCCCAUCACUGGGCAGAAAAUGCGAGCAUGGAAUGGAAUGGUCCAUCCGGACCGUUUGCUAGAGGAUCUAUUGCCCUUCAUGGAUAGUGGUCCCAGGGAUCAUCAUUUGGCUUUAUCUAACAAGCGGCCAAGGGAAAGUUCUCUGCCUCAGCCACAAAACAAAAAUGAACAAACUAAUGAAGAAGAUGAGGAAGUGCAACGUGCAUUAGCAGCUUCAAUGGGAAGCAUGAAGGAGACAAGUGGAACCAUUUCAACAGACGAAGAAAAAAUCAUUACUGACAAGGAAGAAGAAACAUCCUUACCUAAGAAGCCUACAUAUCCACCUUUGCCUGAAGAACCCAAGGGUGAUAAGAGCCGCAUUUGCAGAGUUGGAAUCCGUCUUCCAGAUGGGCGAAGGGCCCAACGCAGUUUCCUACGGAUCGAUCCUAUUCAGCUUUUGUGGUCAUUCUGCUAUUCACAGUUAGAGGAAGCUGAGACAAGGCCAAUUCGAUUGACUCAUGCAGUCCCUGGAGCUACAAAGUGUCUGGAUUAUGAUUGUGAAUCUACAUUCGAAGAGUCAGGUCUCCCCAACACCAUGGUGUCAGUUACUUGGGAAUGAAUUCAGUUGAACUCAUGGUCUUGGACUGUUAGGAUUGUGCAUGGGGAUUUUUGGUUUGCCCGUUUGUUUAUACUUGGAGCACAGAGUUUGUUGGAGUGUACUCUUUAUUUUGUAUAUACUCAUGCUAGGGAAAAUGUGCAUGAUUCUUCACGUUUA